GCACAAGCAGUCUAGUCUCUAGUGCAAUUCGGAAUUUACGAUAAACUGACGAUAACAUCGUGUGCAUCGAGAAUAAGCAUCGUAUUUUCGUUCGUCUUCGCUGUUCCAUCUUGUUUAUGUUCAAAACAUUUGAUUUUUAAAUAUCCUAAAAUUUAAAUUGCAAAAUGUCCAUCAACACAUACAACAAAGUCACGCACUGUAUUUUCGAUAUGGACGGUUUGUUGCUCAAUACAGAGCAUCUGUAUAGCAAGGCUUUCAACCACAUCACUAAUCGUUAUGGCAAAGAAUUCACAUGGGAGCAUAAGGCGCAAACGAUGGGUUUCAAGACCAAGGAUGUUGCUGGAUACGUGGUUGAGACGUUAGAAUUACCGUUAACAACGGAAGAAUUCAAGAAAGAAAUUGUUGGACUCUAUCAAGAGUUGUUUCCGCAUACCAAUCCCAUGCCUGGCGCCGUUAGAUUAUUGAAGCACCUGAAAGAGAAUAAUGUUCCAAUUGCGUUAGCCACGAGCUCGGAUCAAGAAAACUAUGAAUUGAAAACUAGUCGCUGGCAGGACCUCUUUGAACUCUUUCAUCAUAAGGUACUCGGCGGCUCGGAUCCCGAGGUGGCGCACGGAAAACCGGAGCCUGACAUAUUUCUCAUAGCUGCCAAGCGUUUCCCUGACAAUCCAGAUCCUUCGAAGUGUCUAGUUUUCGAAGAUGCACCGAAUGGUGUGAAAGCGGCACUUAACGCCGGAAUGCAGGUCGUUAUGGUGCCAGAUCCGAUGCUGCCCAAACGUUAUACAACUGAAGCGACCCUAGUCUUAGACAGUCUUGAGAAAUUUCAACCGGAAAAGUUUGGACUACCUCCAUACGAGAUUUGACCGAUGCAUUUCUCCUUUAAAUUUCUUUAUCUGUAUCGUCGGAUAGAUCCC